UGCAACUGGCUCAGAAUAUUUUUUAUUUUGUCGCUUUACGAAUGCUGUGGUGAAAUAAUAAAAACCCAGACAAAUAAUCCGUCAUCAAUAAAAGGAUAAAAAGUGUUUUUUGGAGAAAGUGACGUGUUUUAAUUCUUAUAGCCGCAAUGCGCGACGAAAAGUACACUUCAAAACCAUAGUGUCCCCCUUCUUGAACCAAAACAUACUAAAGUGCUCUAUAUAAAAGCCAAAAAAAGGUAAAAGACGAUGACGACCCCGGAAAACAACGAUAACUGUUCACCCGCUUCCUCCUCGCACUACGCUCUACAUGUAGCGCUGCAGACAAUGAAAGAGCGCUGCCAAAAUUUGCAGAAAAGACUGAGCAUAAUGGAGGAGGAAAACCUGUCGCUCCGAAUGUCCCAGGGAUGCAUCCAGCAGGGCGGUUCGUCUCAUUCCGAUGCGAUCGCCGAGAGACGAGUUUCCAAUCAAACCGAGCUGGAGGUGCUCCGCGAGAAGGUUUCGGAACUGUCCCGCCAGAAGGUACAACUGAUGGACCACAUCUCAAUGGUGGCGGCCGAGAAUCGUCAACUGUGGAGUCGACUAUCGAAGAUUACGAAAAGCAACCACUCGGUGGAAGUGGUGGAAGAUACGGUCAAUCGGCAGAUGAAUGAAACGGGUUUGACCAUUGGGGCAGGCGGUGGAUCCCAGAAUUUAAUUCGUUCCAAAACCUUUACCAAAAGCGCACCAAACCCGAAGCUACGCGAGAAGCUUGCACGGGAAGGAGUCGAUGGGUUCUCUUCCUCGGAGGAAGCAAACCAAGAUCUGGAGGAUGUUUCUUUGCUGAGCAAGUGCGGAUUCAUUGACAACGGUACCGGGGUAGAAUUGGGAUUUCUCCAGCAGGAUGAAGACGAACUGCUGAUGUUCGAUUUGGAAAGCAAUCCGGAAGCGAAGCGAUGCACUGAAGCGCUGAUCGAGAUCCAGAAGGAACUGUUAAGACAGCAGACGGUACUAAAGGUUGCUCUUGGAAAGCUGCAAAUUAAUAAAGAAACGUGUCAAUCCUGUAGAAAUCACACAAACGACGUCAAACCUGUGAUGGUGGACAAAACGGUGGAAGUCGGUAGCGACCUACUUACUCAGACGGCUCCGGAGGAAUCCAGCUCAACCGAGGACUUGCCCCUACCAGACAUUCCAAAGACCGUAGCUGUUGCACCAGCACCGAGGCUAGCGGGCGCGGAAACGGAAGCCAGCACACUGAAGUAUGUUAACAUUCUUCAGGACAAAAUCAAGGCCGAUGCGCUCGAUAAGAUGUGUCCGAUGUGCGGAAGAAUCUACGUGAAAAACGUUCCCUUCGACGAGUUUCAGGAGCAUGUGGAGUCACACUUCAUCGACGAGAACGAACUGGAUUUGAGUCUCGAUCGGACCUACGAGUACAUCUCCCAGACGGUGGGUAACUUUUGACCGGGGGCCGAGCGGAGAAUUUAUUUCUUUAGCGAACUUUAGUGAUAUUUUCCCUCAUAAUAAAUUCAUUUUAUCGCGUCGAGUCUAGCGGAUGGAAUUAUUAACCGUUAAUGAUUGGUUGAAUCUACGACUGUGAGUUGGGCUUCGGGAUACUGGAAGAAGAAGAAGUAUUGUUGACAGUUUAUGACUAUGUAUAUCUACCUAUGAUUAAGACUUACUAUAAGUGAUUUUUAUGUAAAGUACAGAAGUCGCCUCCUAUUUAACCAAUCAAAUUCAUAUGUAUAAUGCUUUCGUAGACCUAGAUUCAGUAUGGUAUAAUAAACUUACGUUACAAUGUUGA